AUGGCCCCCCUGGGCUUCUUCGACCCGGCCGGGUUCAGCAAGGUGGGCGACGAGGAGGGCUUCCGCAACCUGCGCACCGCGGAGCUCAAGCACGGGCGCGUGGCCAUGAUGGCGGCUCUGGGGUUCGUGGCGCAGCAGUACAUCCAGUUCCCGGGCUUCGAGUCGGUGCCUGCGGGCGUGGGCGCGGUGACGACGGCGCCGGGCACGUACGGUUUCGUGGCGCUGUUUCUGUUCUCUGGCGCCAUGGAGCUCGCGGUGUGGACGCAGGACCCGAAGAAGGAGGUGGGCAACUUCGGCGACCCCCUGGGCCUGUCCAACAUCUUCGGCUACGACGAGGACAUGCGCCACAAGGAGCUUAACAACGGUCGCUUCGCGAUGUUCGCGGCCAUCGGCAUCCUGUCUGCGGAGCUGUUGACUGGCAAGGUGGGCCUGAGCCAGUUCUGA